UGUAAAUAUAAUAAUUAUAAUUUUAAUAAAUGUUUCAGUUUGGACAUAAGGAUGAUGUUUCUCUGGCCGAACAUAAUGAUGCGUUGUAAGAUAAAGAUCUACAACUUGAUGUUCAGGAGGAUAUAUAUUUGGAAACGAAAGUCACUUAUGAACCAUAGUCGUCACCAAAGAUGUCAGUUCCAGUUUCUGAUAAUUACAAUAGGACUGAUAAUGAAUUGGAAUAUUCAAGUGAUGAAGAACUAUUGAGAGUUUUAGAAGAAAAUGAUAGAGAUCCUGACAGUAUUAAUAAAUUUAUUAAUGAAUCUUCAUUUUUCGAAUCUGUUGAAUUGACUGUUACACGUUCUCCAGCAGAAUUACUGUUGAUGGCUUUAAAAUAUGCAGUGUCUAAUACAUUAUCAAUUACAGGAAUAUUAAACCUAUUAAAAAUGAUUAAUAACAUUUGUGGUAAAAAUAUUAUACCAGAAUCGAAAUACCGAUUUGAUCAAAUAUGUAACAACGAAAAUACUGUCACUCUUCACGCAGUGUGUCCUACUUGUUCACAAUAUAUAGGUACGUUUGAAGAUUUGAAUAGUUCUGUUAAAUGUCAAAAGUGCGAUACUUCAAUAGACGUUUCGAAUCUUUCAAGUCCCUGUUACUUUGCAAUAAUUAAUCCAUCAAACACCAUACGCGAUUAUAUAGAAAUUCACGAAAAUUAUUACGAUUAUGUGGUCUCUGAAAGAGUUCAUGAAACUAACGUAAUAAAAGAUAUUUAUGAUGGAUGGGUGGAAUGUUAUAAGCAAUUUUUAAAUAAGUUGAAUUAUACUGAUCGACGUGCUUACGUAACGGCAAUAUUUAAUACGGACGGUGCACCAGUUUUUGAAUCUUCUACGGUAUCUAUCUGGCCCAUAUAGUUAAUGCCUAAUGAAAUUCCAAUUCAAGAUAGAUUUAAAAGUACAAUCGUUACUGGCUUAUGGUUUGGUUAAAACAAACCUGAAAUGACAGUGUUUUGGAUGCAUUUGUUGAAACUAUGAAUACUUUAUCGACAAUAGGUAUACCAACUAAAAUUAAAAUCAACAUCAUCAAAUUAAAUUGUUUCCAUUGAUUGCAUGUGUUGAUACUGUUGCUCGCGCACCUAUGAAUAGCACUACACUUUUCAAUGGAAAAUAUGGCUGUGACUGGUGUGUGCAUCCAGGUCAAUAUUAUGGUGGAUCCAUGAGAUAUCCAUUUAUCAUUCCUUUUCCUGAAGAAAGAAGUAAAGAAUCAAUGAUAGAGCAUGCAAGAGAAGCAGUACGUAUGCAAACUCGUGUUUUUGGAGUUAUAAAUGCAUCACCUCUUUUAAACUUAAGAAAUUUUGAUCUAAUAGAAGGAUUUACUCCUGAUUAUAUGCACUGCUUUUUAGCUUGUGUAGCAGCUCAAUUUACAGAAAGCAUACUCAAAUAUUUAACAGUAACAUAGAAUAUAUGAAUGAACUAUUAAUUUCAAUUAAAGCACCGUAUGGCAUUGGAAGAUUAUCGAGACCAUUGUCACAGCGUAGCAAGUGGAAGGCAAGAGAAUGGGAAAAUUGGCUUCUAUUUUACAGCCUACCCGUUUUAAAUACAGUAUUAACGAAUAAAAAAAUUAUACAACAUUGGGCUUUGUUAGUUGAAUCGCUGUGGAUAUGUUUGGCAACGGACAUAAAAUAUUCUGAAUUAAAUCGGGAAUCGAAAUGCUGUAUAAAUUUGUUUCAGAAGUUGAAGAUAUUUAUUCAUUGACUGCAAUGAAUUAUAAUGUUCAUCAGCUGCUUCACAUUGUCAAAAGCGUUCAUAAUUGGGGAUCAUUAUGGGCACACUCCACGUUCCCUUUCGAAGCAGCUAAUCACAAGUUGUUAACAGCUAUACAUUCAGCUAAAGGUGUAGUUUUACAAAUUAUAAGGUAUACAAGCAUUGAACGAACAGUACAAACAUUGGAAAAAAAGGUAUAUCCACAUUGUUCUACACUCGUACAAAAGUUAUGCCAACAGAUGAGUUCCUCGUUAACUCGAAAAAUUGUAAAAACAUCUUCUGUUACGUAUUUUGGGAGUGGAAAAAUCAUAUCAAUAAAUAUGUGCGUACUUUUUGAUGUACAUGUUUUCGAAAAUUGUAAUAAAUGGUUGCUUAUUUGCUACAUCAAAAAAAAAAAAACGUUCUUGUAACUAUUAUGCUCAGUUAUCUGAUGGAACUUUUAUUAAAAUACUGCAUUUUUUAUUUAAUAAUGAUAACAAAGUAGAAUCAACUGUGUGCAAAAUCGUUAAAACGCAGCCCAACAGAUUUGCUAGUGUAAUAAAAGAGGUUUCACAUUUAUCCGAACCAAUUUGCAUAUCUACGAAUCAGAUUUCAAAACCUUGUGUUUUUAUUACAACAAAAGAUGUCAUGUAUAUAACUCCUUUGCCAAAUGUAAUUUAUACUA